AUGUCCUCCACCGUUUCAUUAUAUGUAGCCCUCAGCGCCGGCGAGGGCGUUUACAAACACUGGGGUGUUUUCAUCGAUGCAUCCCAAGAGGAAGACAAAACGUUGCUCCAAGCAGCAGGUUCAGACGGUAGAUUCCGAUUUGAGUCGGAGACGAAAGAUUCUCGUCAUUCGGAGGGGCUAGUGGAAUUAGUGCUCCUCUGUGAUGUAAACGUCGCUAAUAUCACCUCUAUCAAAACCAUCGCGAGUCAAGUCACUAUUCACAAUGAGAUACGUGGUUGGAAUUGCCAAGACUACGUGCUUGACCUUCUCGAUGCGCUGGAGAAACAUGCAGUUGUGAACGGUGAAGAUGCAGCUUAUCAGAGGCAGAAGAAAUUGGUUUCUAGCAAACAGGAGGGAUUGGCAUAG